GUAUCUUAAUUAAAACACUAGAAACAUAAGUGAUGUAAUCAAAGUCUCAUAAAAUAACUUGGUAAAGAAUUUAAUUCGAAAAAAUAUUUGGAAUUUGCGCUGCUUCAUCAAAUUUGUCAAUAUUUUUCGUCAUUUUCUUCUUCAAACGUUAUCAGAUGAUGUCGAGUAGCAACAACAAUAACAAUAAUGGAAUUUUCAUUAAUAAAAUAUCAGAAAAUCAGCCGGAACUUCAACAACCUAGCAUUAAAAGACAAAGGAUAGAUGCGAAUAACGAACAACAUCCAUCUAAAGCAACGCCUACGCAAGUUGUAGCAAAGUCUUUGUCAUUUUUAGAUGACUCGGGGAACUCCACAUCAUCUUCUUCUUCCUCCCCUUCUCCAGUAAAUGAAAGUGAAAUUAUUUUAAAACCAGAGGAGAACGAUCCCAUUGAGAAAGAUGAAGAGCAAUUACUGAUGAGUGAUAAAGAGUGCUUGUCGAUGUUUCAGACACAAUUAACUCAUAAUCAGUGCUUAUGUGGACUUAGUGAAAGAACUUUAAAAAUUCCAUUCCGAUAUUAUUCCAUAGUGAAACCGAAAAAGCAAACGUACAAUCGAAAUGAAAAAGAUGAAAUUGACUUAAAGAAAAGCAGUGACGUUCAAGUGCAUUAUGUAAAAUCUUUAGAACAUUGGCCCGAAGACUUCUUACUCAAAUUCUUGUCAAACCUUCAGCUUCUGUUUCAUAUUUAUUUGAAACAGAAUGCGAAAGGAAAUAUUUGUGGUAAGAUUAUGGAAUUAUGCGAUUGUCUCAUACGCAACCAAAUUCACAUCUUCGAAGAACUGAUUCAACUUUGCAACAGUAGCAUUAGCAGCAAUUUCGUUAGUUACAUUUCAAGUAAAAUUAUCACAUACUUUUUGAUUAUCAUUAAGGAUGAGAUUGACAGGAAAUGGAUUGAUACGAUUGUUGAUAAUCUUUUCACGUCUGAUCAUGUCGACAAUUUAGCAGUAAAGAAAGUUAAUUUUAGUUUAGACAUAAUUAAGUGUAUAGUUGAGUGGAAGGAUCAUGACGAGCACAUUUUAGAAGAAGACGCAAAUGGCUUUACGAACCUCCCACCACCGCCUUUAGAGACAAAUUAUUUCGCGACACUCCACCGCGAUCAAAGUGGACCAUCAACAUCAUCUAGUAGUUCCAGUGCCUUGCCAUCAUACUUAACGUCUCAUGUUGCCAACAACAGUGGACGAUCUUCAGCAACUUCCGGUCAUAACUCACCAGUUUCGAAUGGAUGUCAUUUUGUGCAAUUAACCGACUCUGAAAGUUUUGACACGGCUCACAUUAAAUGCAUAACAACAAAGACUCUUGCGAACAAAUGGCCUGCACUAGUGCGAAGUAUCAGCGAACUUAUCAUGCAACUUUCUGUCGAAAUACCGCCGAAUCCAACACAACAACAGAACCAACAUAACAAUCAUCGAACAAUUGCUAGACGAAUGAACUUUGAGAAUAAGGAAAAUUGUAUUUUAACAUUUAUUUCACUCUGGGAAAGCAUCAUUAGCGUAAGGACGAAUUUAUCAGUCGUUGAGACGCUACCAUUCACAACACAUCUUGUUAACUUUGAACUUCUUCUUAAUCAAAAUCUUCCGUGUACGAUUUACAAGCAAAUGUUACAAUUAUUCAAUGAGGCAUUGUGUUAUGGAAGUACAUUAGCAUUACAAGACAUGAUGCCUGAAGACACAUGCGAACUUGCCCACAAAAUCAUUCGUCAUGUUAAAGACAAUCGAAUUCUCGAAACGAUGCCGCGUCAAAUUAAUUCAACGAAUCAUAGCGACGAUAAUUUGAAGACUUUUAUCGGAUUAGAUUGUGAGAGUGUCAUUUUUUCACCGAACUCAUUAACCACUCAAUGUUUAUCAACAUCACUUAACGAUCAUCCAUCAGUGACAUUUGAUAAAAGUUUACUACAAAAAAUGACAUUAUUGGUGCUGAAAUCUGUCGCAGUUUAUGUGAAAGAAAUUCGAUGCGACUCGUCUGACAGUUCAAUUGACAGCAGUGAUUAUGACGCUUUUCAAGACAUGAUUGUCAUCGAGAGAACGAUACGAGAAGUUCUAAAGAAACUUGAAUCAUUUAUGAAGAAUACUCUCGAGUUUCAUCCUGAAAGUCAUUUUAGUAAAAUUUUGAUUCAUUUGUUUGACGAUCAAGAUGAUUUCCUAAUAGAAGCGAUGGUUUGUACGUUGGACGUCACAUCGGGAAUAUCAUUUAGGAAUAACGCUUUUCCUGAACUUGUUGCGAUGCUUAAUCCUGUUUACACAUUCCUCGAAUUCCUUAAAAUGAUUUCAAACAGUUCCGACCUUCUACUUGAUCUUCUUGUAAGUACUGAAACUUGCUUUCUUUUGUAUCUUCUACGCUUCCUCAAAUACAUUCGCAUCAAUUGGUCGAUGUUCGUACAGAGUUGUAGAGAUUGUGGGAUGGGAGGCAACGUGCUAGACAACACAAUGACGGUAAUGAUAAGUUUAAGAUAUAAAAUUGGUCGUUUGGUAUCAAAGUCGCUUUAUCCUUACGAUAUUGCGCCAAUCUUACGACUACUGGAAAGUUGUGAGAACCUUUAUGAAGGUAAUGAGCUCAGUUAG